CUCUGUUCUGUUUUCUCAAAGCUGAAGUCGGCUAGCUUUGCAAAGCUGCGGGCUGAGCACUCAGGGAGGCAAUCACUCUCUCAGAAACUGCGGCGGCACUGCACUGCAGCCUCCCAAGGCUCCAUGCCAGACAAAGCAUGCGUGUCACACUUGCUACAAUAGCCUGGAUGGUUUCUUUUGUCUCCAGUUAUUCACACACAGCAAAUAUUUUGCCAGAUAUUGAAAAUGAAGAUUUCAUCAAAGACUGCGUUCGAAUCCAUAACAAGUUCCGAUCAGAGGUGAAACCAACAGCCGGUGAUAUGCUAUACAUGACUUGGGACCCAGCACUAGCCCAAAUUGCAAAAGCAUGGGCCAAAAAUUGCCAGUUUUCACAUAAUACACGGCUGAAGCCACCCUACAAGCUGCACCCAAACUUCACUUCACUGGGAGAAAACAUCUGGACUGGGUCUGUGUCCCUCUUUUCUGUGUCUUCCGCCAUCACAAACUGGUAUGAUGAAAUCCAGGACUAUGACUUCAAGAAUCGGAUAUGCAAAAAAGUCUGUGGCCACUACACUCAGGUUGUUUGGGCGGAUAGUUACAAAGUUGGCUGCGCAGUUCAAUUUUGCUCUAAAGUUUCUGGCUUUGAUGCUCUUUCCAAUGGAGCACAUUUUAUAUGCAACUACGGACCAGGAGGCAAUUACCCAACUUGGCCAUAUAAGAGAGGAGCCACCUGCGGUGCCUGCCCCAAUAAUGACAAGUGUUUGGACAAUCUCUGUGUUAACCAACAGCGAGACCAAGUCAAACGUUACUACUCUGUUGUGUAUCCAGGCUGGCCCAUAUAUCCACGUAACAGAUACACUUCUCUCUUUCUCAUUGUUAAUUCAGUAAUUAUGAUACUGUCUGUUAUAAUUACCAUUUUGGUACAGCACAAGUACCCUAAUUUAGUUCUUUUGGACUAAUACAAUCCAGGAAAGAAAAAACCCAAAAAUCAACCUUAUUCAAAUAUGGCUUUUUUUUAAAACCAAUAAUAGUGAAUAACAAUUAGGUGUAUUUCUAUUUUAAAACAUUUCAGAAAAGAAAAUACGUUGCAGCCAUAAUCUUACUCAAAAGAAGAAACUUCCUAACUCUAUCAUAUAAACUCAUCUUUACUUCCUACUUUUCUAUAAAUAAGCAUUGUUUGCUAUAAAU